UGGUAAAGUCGCCGCUUCCAUCACUACCCGAGACCCACACAAUGGAUGGCGCUGGGGGCAAAUACGGCAUGUUUGCGAUUUUGAUUCCUAUUGCGUUGACCCCUGUCAUCCUCACCCUGCUCUGGGGAGAAUGGAAGGCCAAAAAGCAACAGAUUGUCAAGACCAAACCCCUCGUCGUCGAAGAACGUGAGGGUGCAAAGGGCGCUGGGGGCAAAUGGUUUGGAUUUGCCGAAGACGUCGACUUUUUCGGUCUCAUUCUCUUGGGUACCGGAUGGGCGCUCUUGCUCAUUGCGUUGACUCUGUCGGCCAAGGCAAAGGCUUCCAUUAUCGCAAUGAUUGUCGUUGGACCAAUCAUCAUCAUCCUCUUUGGUGUCUACGAGGCCAAGUUUGCCAAGUUCCCCAUCAUUCCUGCUCAUAUUCUCAAGAACAAGGCAAUCUCAUUUUACCUCACUUUCUUGUACCUCUACUCGUUCAUCUAUGUCACCAAAACUCCCAGAUGGUGGGCCCUCAUUCUCAACCCUAUCACCCUCUCACACCCUUCUAGGUCCCAAGAAGAUCAAAACUACUUUAUCAACACGCAAAGUGUCGGUUUGACCAUUUUCGGUAUUUUGGGUGCGGGUAUCAUGUACUAUACGCGCCGCUACAAGUGGCUCCUCUUUACCGGUCUCUGCAUCCGCUGCCUGGGUGUCGGUGUCAUGAUCCACUCGAGAGGUGCUCAGGGAUCGGACGGUGAAAUUGUGUUUACGCAAAUCCUUCAGGCGUUUGGUGGUGGCUUUGCUGCUGUUGCGUCCCAAGUUGGUGCUCAAGCAUCUGUACGACACAAGUACGUCGCAAUGGUCACCGCUAUCGUGCUCCUCAUCACCGAAUUGGGUGGAGCCAUCGGAAGUGCCAUUGGUGGUGCUAUUUGGACGCAAAUCAUGCCAAGGAAUAUUGCCAAACAUCUUCCGGAUGUAGACGAGGCGACCCGCGCCGAACUCUUUGGGUCCAUUGUCAGCAUCGUCUCUCGCCCUGCAGACGACCCUGUCCGUCUGGGUGUCGUCCAAGCCUAUGGUGAUACCAUGCGCAUCCUAAUCAUUGUCGCCCUCGUUAUUGGUAUUAUCCCCAUCUUCCUCUCCUUGUUGAUGCCCGACUAUCAUCUUGGUGACGCUCAGAACGCGAUUGACGGAUUGGACAUUACGGGUAGAAAGGUCGAAGAGGGACAGGAGGCCGACCGUAGUGUGCCUGCCGGUGCAAAUGAUCCUGACCGCAAACUCUAG